AAGAGGAAUAUAUUGUUUGUAUUUAACUGGCUGGGUAUACCACAGAGUCUAUUUGAUGGGCUGGUUCAGGUGUGCACCUUGCCGGUGGCAGCCAAUUAAGUUUCACUUGCGGUUGAAAUGCGUCAGGGCUCUUGCUGAGAUGAUAUGGACCAUUGGAUGGUGACGGAGGGUCUUUAUUGCGCGGAACCUGAAACGGCAGCUACUUCAUCUCGGGUCGCUCUCAAAGCCUGAGUCACCCACCAACUCCGCCAGGCACGGCCGCAAGAAGCAAACAGUUGGGCCAGAAGACAGAAUGGACAAACACGGUGGACUUUCCGAAAUAGGGGCUAGAACAAGACCCGAAAAACUGGCCACGUUUCACAGCGGUGUGUUUUCAUCUCUGAAAAGCCAAGAGAAAGCCCCACCUUUACCAUGAGCGACCAGUGCGGCGACCUGGCCGAAGUUGGUCAACCUUUCCCCGACCAGCUGGAGUUGAGAAACCUGCUCUUGUCCCGGAACCUGAGCUGCGGGGACUGGGACUACGACAUCUCCCGGUCUGAGAAGCAGGAUUUCACCGCAGACAGGACUUUCGGGGCGGCCAGGACAGUGGUCGGGGUGGCUCUGGUCUGCAUCAUGUUGGUCUGUGGCGUCGGCAAUUUCAUCUUCAUCGUCACGCUAGCCCGCUACAAGCAGCUCCGCAACCUGACCAACCUCCUGAUCGCCAAUCUGGCCGUCUCGGACCUCCUGGUGGCCGCUGUGUGCUGUCCCUUUGAGAUGGAUUAUUAUGUGAUCAAACAGCUUUCCUGGGAGCACGGUCACGUCCUCUGUGCUUCGGUCAACUAUCUCCGCACAGUCUCACUCUAUGUGUCCACAAAUGCCCUUCUGGCCAUUGCAAUAGAUCGAUAUUUAGCCAUUGUGCACCCGCUGAAACCCCGAAUGAAGUUCCAGACUGCCUAUGUGCUAAUUGGAGUAGUGUGGGUCGCCUCUCUGCUCAUGGCUAUCCCAUCCGCCUACUUCACUGCCGAAACCACCAUCCCACACACCAGGGCACAGAACAAGAUCUUCUGCGGGCAGAUCUGGCCAGCAGAGCAGCAAGUGUCCUAUAAAUCCUAUUUCCUCUUCAUCUUUGUCCUGCAGUUCUUGGGCCCCUCGCUCAGCAUGGCUCUCUGCUAUGUACAGAUCUCCAGGGAGCUUUGGUUUAAGAGUGUACCUGGUUUUCAGACUGAGCAGAUUCGGAAGAGGUUAAGGUGUAGGAGGAAGACUGUGUUAGUGCUCAUGGGCAUAUUGACUGUUUACAUCCUCUGCUGGGCUCCUUAUUACGGCUUCACCAUAGUCCGCGAUUUCUACCCCACGCUGGUUUUGAAACAAAAACACUACAUAACAGUCUUCUACAUGGUCGAGUGCAUUGCCAUGAGCAACAGCAUGAUCAAUACCAUGUUUUUUGUCACAGUUAAGAACAACACGAUGAAAUACUUUAAGAAAAUGCUUCUGCUGAGGUGGAAAACCACAUCUGGCGGGACCAGCAAAUCAGUCCAAGAGCAAGACCUGAGAACAACCGGGAUGCCAGGGUCAGAUGAGAUAAAUCAACUGCAACUCAAAUAGAAGCUCCUGAUGAUGUGAGGGUCUGGGAGCCUUAUUCACUUGCUGUAGUGUGUUCAGAAACGAGGGAUUUAAGACAACAGCCUCUGCCCUUGGAGCUUUGCCUUGUUCUUAUGGUUCAUUGUGCACAUUUCAAACCUCUUUGCCCAUUAUGUUGUAAAUACUGGACAAUUGCUGCUAGGAUCUAGUAUCAGUUACUUGGAAAGAAGUGUUGUAAUGUGUUGUGUUUAGUCUUGAAUUUCUCUUUCUUCCCCAGUGCGUAGCUAUUUCAUGACCAAAUUGCAAUUGUUAUUUAUUUAUAAUGGGAUGCACUGUCAAAUAUAGAAAGAUGAUUGCCCUUGCCAUUCCCAGUGCUUCAACUAAACGGAUUUGCCAUUUCCAUAAUUGUUUUCCGAAUCAGCAAACAUUGUAUAGAAUUAAAGGUUGAUAUGGUUAAAGCAAAAUUCAUGAAUAAAAUGAAUUAUAACAAGA